AUGCUUGAGAUUGCUGACAUCAUGUCCGUGGCCAAAAUGAAAAUGAUGAGCAAGGAUGCGUUGCGCAUGGAGCGCACGGACAUGAGUUUUGGCGGGCAUAUGAUUGGUUACCAGGCAGCCAAUGUCAAUCUGGAGGUCAUGCCAGAGGCUCAACUACCAGAGCUUUGCUGGGCAUGUAAGUGGAUCCUCAACAAAGUGAAAAAGCAAAUCUCCAAUGGUACUGACCAGGAGACCAUCAAAAACAAACUAAUCUCGGUGUGUGACCAGAUUGGUUUUCUUAAAUCAAAGUGCAAGAGUUUUGUUAAGAAAUAUCUAAACACCUUAAUUGAGGAACUGUCCACCACUGAUGACCCAAGAACCAUCUGUGUCAAUCUCAAGGCCUGCAAGCCAAAGACCAUGGAAUGGUGAGAGACCUGGAUCCAAG